CGGGGAGAGGGGUGUGGCGAGUUGUAGGCGAUGGGCGUGGCUGCUGCGGAGCGGAGCACGCCGGAAGUUGUAGUUCCCGGGCGAGGCGGCGGGCUGCCCCACGCCGAGCUCGGGCCUCACCCGGAUGGCGGCUGCGACGCGCGGCUGCCGGCCCUGGGGCUCGCUCCUCUGGCUGCUCGGGCUGAUCUCGGCCGCGGCCGUCGCCUGCGACCUGGCUUCUCUGCGCUGCAGCUUGGGCGCUUUUUGCGAAUGCGACUUCCGGCCCGACUUGCCGGGUCUGGAGUGUGACCUGGCUCAGCACCUAGCCGGCCAGCAUCUGGCCAAGGCGCUGGUGGUGAAGGCGCUGAAGGCCUUUGUGUGGAACCCAGCCCCCACCAAGCCACUGGUCCUCUCCCUGCACGGCUGGACCGGCACCGGGAAGUCCUAUGUCAGCUCCCUGCUGGCGCACUACCUCUUCCAGGGUGGUCUCCGCAGCCCCCGCGUGCACCACUUUUCUCCCGUCAUCCACUUUCCCCACCCCAGCCACAUCGAGCGCUAUAAGAAGGAUCUUAAGAGCUGGGUCCAAGGGAACCUCACUGCCUGUGGCCGCUCCCUCUUCCUCUUUGAUGAGAUGGACAAGAUGCCCCCAGGUCUGAUGGAAGUCCUGCAGCCUUUUCUGGGCUCCUCCUGGGUUGUAUACGGGACCAACUAUCGAAAAGCCAUCUUCAUCUUCAUCAGCAACACGGGUGGCGAGCAGAUCAACCAGGUGGUACUGGAGGCGUGGCGCAGCCGCCGGGACCGCGAGGAGAUCCUCCUGCAGGAGCUAGAGCCGGUCAUUACCCGCGCAGUGCUGGACAACCCGCUCCAUGGCUUUUCACGCUCGGGCAUCAUGGAAGAGCACCUCCUAGACGCAGUGGUGCCCUUCCUCCCGCUCCAGCGGCACCAUGUCCGGCACUGUGUGCUCAACGAGCUGGCCCAGCUGGGCCUGGAGCCAAGGGAUGAGGCUAUCCAGGCUGUGCUGGACAGCACCACCUUCUUCCCUGAGGAUGAGCAGCUUUUCUCCUCCAACGGCUGCAAGACCGUGGCCUCCCGAAUCGCCUUCUUCCUCUGACUCCCCAGGUGGUGUCCUUGUCCUCCCCUCAUGGCCAGGCCAUGCAGCAAAGGCCUGGGGCCUCUGUCACAGGGACCCAGAGCACCAAGUGAGAUGAAGAAAUGUCAGCUAGGCCACGGGACAAACGACUAGGAAGGGCUCUGGCCUCUAAACUGGCUCGAGAGCAUCUUGGCCGCUGCCGCCUUCCCCAGGGAAACUCCUGGUCACCCCAGAACCUCACGGAGCCUUGACCUUGCCUACAGCCUGAGCCUUCUUACUGUGAAUUAUAACUCAGGGACUGUGGCUCGUGGCGGCACUCCCUCCUCAGUCUGCCUCCUUGGUCAGGCACCAUACCCCCUCCCCUCCGCCCUGCACCCUCUGUUUGUAUCAUCAAGCCAGGUGGAGACUUCUCAGUUUCCAGAAAUGGAGUGACUCAAGCUACCACUUGGGCCUGGUUUUAGAAGUUUUUAAUUUUAUAAAAGAAGAGAAUAAAUAUAAUAAACUCAGCUAUGGGACCAGA